AGCAAAGGAGGCGUCGCUGCAAGCAAGGCGGGCCGCGUCUUCGCGUCUGCCAAUGGCAAAACAGGGGGCGAGCGCUUCAUGGCUCUCAAGGACCCCCAGAAGACAGUCAAAGCCAGCGACCAGGCCAUCGACGCGGCCAAGAAGUCCGACCUCGUCAAGCGCAUCGUCAAGUCCGAGACUUUCCAAGACUGCGUAGCGCUAGGCGCUACGUUGGCUGCAACAGAAGCUGGAAACAUAAAGCUCGCAACCCACGAUGUACCAUCCUGGAACACCACCACAACAACAAGGAAGCACCGGCGGCAAGAUCUAGGCAUCGCAACCAAGCUGCAGAACGUCCGCGCCGGCGACUACUACAUCAGCAUCGACCUCGACGCCGCACCAAUGAACCACUUUCCCUCGCCAGCGGAGCAGGCCGACCAGACCAUCGUCAUGGUAGCCGACCCGAACACGGACGCCCAACCGGAGGGCAAUCCCAGCAUCAACAUCCAGACGUGGCCGGAUAACUACAAUCGCAAUCGCCGCGUGGUAUACCAGACGUGCAGCUCGAUCGAGAGCAACGACAUCACGCUCAUGCAGGUCUGGGGCGGCUGCUGCAAGUUCUAUGACGACGAGAAGUGCUCGCCUGACACGAGCUUGUUUAGUAUGACGAAUAGGCAGGAUGGGCAGCUUAAGGGGAAGGAUAAUGAUUCCAUUUCGUCGUUUUGGUGCACUUUCGAUCUGAACUGCGCAGGAGCGCCUUGAGAGUAGUUCUGUAUAUCCUAGAGCUGGUUGGAUUUAGAUAAUUGCUGUGUACAGAAAACAAGUGGGAUUGGAGCUGAGGACCUACUUUUCUGGUCAACAUCUUACCGGGACUGGGCUUAGUCUGCUCAAAGCACAGUACCGCAGGCUGUUACUUCUAUACAUUACCCCCCUUGUACGGCUGACUUCGCAGCUCAAUAUUCGCGCUAGACCACCGGACGCACCCACAUGUUGUGAUAUAACAGGGUGAGGGGUGAAAGAGGCACGUGAUAUCGUCCACCU